UUAUCACAGUUAUACAAGCGGGAAGCUUGAGUUAAUCAUUAAUGCUUUUUAGAAGGCUUUCAAUCGUUUUGACUUUACCAUAGGAUUAUUUUUAAUUGUCACAUGUGAUUUUGAGUUGGUACACAUACUCAUUUGCUGAUGUCGCUAUUUCGCUUCGCAUCUUUGGUACCAAUACAUUGAAUAUAUCGUUGCAGGAAUUGGGUAAACGAGUUCUAGGGGCAUUUUUGGAGUUAUAAUUGAAGUUUUAUUACUAAAAGGACACUUGGUGCCGUGACGCCCGAUACCAUGGGUUUUGUUGGUACACGAUGUUGAAUUUUCACGGCAAUUUAGAAGGUGCGCAAGCUUAUGGCAAAUAUGAAAUAUUACAUGGAAAUGAUUUUUAAAGCUGUUUUCCUAGGGCACUGAUUUUGGAAUUCAUGCCAACAGAUCUCGUAUACUAAUUUUUAGGAGCUGCCAAUCAUGUGGUGGAUGUGAGGAUUGUUAUUGGUUGAAAUGUUAUUUCAUUUAUGAAGGUGCUCUCAUGAAUGCGACAGUUAGUAUCUUAGAAGGACUCCUUAAGCCAUGUAGUAUGGUGGUAUCGUAAUGGAUCUUACGACAGUAAUUUCAGAAUUUUAUUCAACGAAAGUAAUACCAAAAUUAACUAUAACAGAAUUGACAACUAGUGUUGAAAGUUUGAUAAAUUAAACGCGCUGCAAUGUGAAUACAUAAGUAAAAAUUUCAGUGUUAUAUUUUGUGUAUUUACACGAAUGCAUUAGUGUAUUCUAUUGUAUAUGGGGUAAUAAUGGCCAGGUACGCAGCAUGUAGACUUUGUAAUUUGGCCACAGACACUUUUGUUGACAUUUUUAAUGAAGAUGGUAUAAGUAGAGAACUUGGUGCCAAGAUGGCUUCAUGUUUACAGAUUUUGGUUUCUUCAGAAGAUGCUAUGCCAAAAACUGUUUGUCUGACUUGUUGUAAUAAGUUAAAUGACUUCUAUGAAUUUUAUAAAAAAUCGCAUGAGGUACAAGGUUUACUUAAAGACAUAUAUGCAUCAAGGAAAUAUGUUAAAAAGAAACAAUCAGAAUCUGCAGAUGAGAAUGCAAAAGUUACAAAAGCUUUGCAGAACAUGAAUCAGGAUAAUAAUAGCCCAUGCAAUAUUGCAGAAGUUGCUAAAGAUGAGAUAAAAUAUGUUAAAGACUUAAAAAAUAUAAAUUCAGCUUCAGAUAAGGAUACAGUAUGUUCAUCAAUCGUGAAUAUAAAUAAAAAAAAGCAUGUCGAGCUAGAAAUAAAAAAAUUUAAAUCGUCAUCCCAGAAAACAGAAAGUGAGAGUGACGAAGAGGAUGAUCCACAUCCUUCAAGUUCUUUGCAGAACAAAAAGGAUAAACGUAAAAAAGAUCCAAACUUAAAUGACGUUCCAGUGAAUCCUCGUCAGAUAGGAAUACUAGAUGGGUAUCCAUGGACCUGCACGAUGUGCACUGACCUAGUGGUCGAUAACGUUCAGGAAUUAUGCAAACAUUAUAAAUUGGAACAUUGUCAAUCUGCGAUCUUCAGAUGUGUUCAUUGCGAAAAGCAAUACGAUCGUUACAGAAGUUUUGUAAGACAUUUCAAGCAGCACCGCGAUCCUAAAAAAUACACAUGUAAUAUUUGCAGUAAAUCAUUUACACUAAAGACUGUAUUAAGAUCACAUGCAAUAGUUCACAGCAAUGACAGACCGCAUGUGUGUACAGUGUGUGGAAAAUCCUUUAAAAACUACAAAUCUUUAACUGUGCAUAACAAGAUGCAUUUACCAGAUGAGGAUAAAGAAAAAUUUCCUUGUAAAAUUUGUCAAAAGGAAUUUUCCACGAGGCACACUUUGGAACUUCAUCUCAAAGUUCAUACAGGAGAACGGAACUUCAUGUGUGACAUUUGUGGAAAAUCAUUUAUAGCCAAAGGAUCUCUCAUUUAUCAUCUUCUAAGUCAUACUGAUGACAGAAGUCAUGUUUGUCAAACGUGCGGCAAAACUUUUAAAACUGACAGAUUAUUAAACAAACAUCUCACGUUGCAUUCGGUAACACAAUUGCACAAAUGCGAGGUUUGUGGAAAACAAUUUCGGGAACGCGGUAGGCUCAGAGAACACAAUCGGAUUCAUACAGGAGAUAUGCCUUACAGAUGUGAAUAUUGUGGAAAAUGUUUUAGAUUUGCUGGAAUCUUAACAGUUCACCGAAGACAGCAUACUGGAGAAAGACCUUAUAAUUGUCAAAAAUGUAAUCGUUCCUUUACAAAUUGGGCGAAUUACAAUAAGCAUAUGAAACGUAUACAUCAUUACGACACCAGUAAUCCAGAGAAUAGCAGACGGCGUGCUGAACUUCAUGCACUUUCUGUAUCAAAUAAAGCAGCUAAAGAUGACACAUCGAAGGGUGUAACUUCAGAGACAAAUCUUGAUGUAAAUUAAAUCCUCGAAAUAGUUACUGUAAAAUGUAUCUUAUAAGGAGUUAAUAAAUUUUCUAGUUAUGUAAUACAAUAAUAGUUUUUAAGAACUUUCAAGGUAUAAAUUUACUUUUGGAAUUAUUAUAUUAAAUUAUGCUUGUUAAUAUGUUUGA